GCCAGUGAGGAUGCGCUGUUGCUGCUGCCGCCGCUGCUGCAGGCUUGUGUCCUGUGCCCUGAGGCUGUUGCUGCCACUCGUCCUUGUACCUCCCCUGGCAGCAGCUGCAGCGGGCCCAAACCGCUGUGACACUAUAUACCAGGGAUUCGCCGAGUGUCUCAUCCGCUUGGGGGACGGCAUGGGCCACGGAGGCGAGCUGGAGACCGUCUGCAGGUCUUGGGCUGACUUCCACGCCUGCGCCUCGCGCGUCCUGUCGGGCUGCCCGGAGGAGGCGGCUGCGGUGUGGGAGUCACUACAGCAAGAAGCUCGCCGGGCCCCACACCCAGAUAACUUGCAUGCUCUGUGCGACGCCCCCGUGCGCGUCCGGGAGCGCGGCGCCGGCCCUGAGACCAACCAGGAGACGCUGAGGGCGGCAGCACCCGCACCCGCCCUGGCCCCUGCCCCCUCGCUGCUGGCGGCUGCUCUGGCGCUGGCCUGCCUCCUGGGGCCUCUGGCCUAGCCAGUCAGGUUCGGAUAGCAGCGCCCGGGCCUCCAGCCCUGCUCGGGCGGCCGCCGUCCGGGCUCUGCAAAAUGCA